GAAAGACAAUCACUGUGUAUAAAUAUUCCCUGCUACUAUUUGGAAAUCAAGAUGGGCAAUUCCCUUGGUGCGCUGUGGUUGAGCUACUGCUGCUGCGCUGCUUCUGCUCCUCCCUCUUCUGGUCCAGAAUCUCCUCUUCUCCCUCGAGCCAAGACCAGAUUCACAGCCUCGAUUGCUAAAUAUCUCAGCAAUUGCACAGGAGAAGAGAAGACGCCAUGGGAGAGGGAGGCAAAUAAUUGGACAGCAAGCCCUGAGAAUGAUGUCAGGGGCAACAAGGCCAAGAACUCGAAGAAGGCGCCGCACAAAAGCCUAAUUUCAUUCAUGAAAAAUAUGGUGGGUCGUUUCAGAAGGCAUCCUAAUCCAUCCCCGACUCACUCCCGGUGGGAAAAAAAGAAAUGCAUAGGGAGUGGUUCAUUUGGACAGGUUUACCUUGGAGUUAACAGUGAAAAUGGGCAGCUUUGUGCGAUCAAGGAGGUGCAAGUUGUUUCAAAUGAUAAUUUCUCAGAUAAACGGCUCAAGCAAUUGAAUCAGGUACUUGUUACUCGUAUCUCAAGCAAUUGGAUCAGAAAGCUUAUGUAGGGGAAAAUGAGAAAAUGAAUUGUGCCACUCAAAGUCAAAUUUGCUUGGAUAUGAAGCACAAAGUUGUAUGGGAACACAAAAGCAACAAAACCUCGGACUAGACUUCUAUAAUGAUGACAAUGAAAGAUUGGAUGAGG